AUGGAUGAGAAUGUGGAUGUUGUUGCAGGUUUCUAUUAUGAUGCGUUUUAUGGUGACUUGGGAUUGAAUGAUGAUCAUUUCAAGCAAAUUGAGGCUGGGGCGUUGAAGGCAGUUGGGGUUGAAAUUAUCAAUGAUUUGCCUGCUGAUAAAACCAUCACAGUAUACAGAUGUGGUCCACUAGUAGAUCUGUCUCGUGGACCACAUAUACCCAAUAAUUCCUUUGUUAAGGCAAUUGCCUGUUUGAAGGCUUCUUCAGCAUAUUGGAGGGGGAACAAAGCUCGGGCUACUUUACAAAGAGUUUAUGGCAUAUCUUAUCCUGAUCAGGAGAGUUUAAAGGAAUAUUUGCUUAAGCUGGAGGAGGCUAAAAAGUAUGAUCACAGGAAUUUGGGAGUGGAACAGGAGCUUAUUUUUCGUCAUGAAUCGAGCCCAGGAAGCUGGUUUUUCCUUCCACAUGGUGCACUGGUAUACAACAAAUUGAUGAAUUUCAUUAGGAGUCAAUACGAAGUCAGGGGCUAUGAAGAGGUCAUAACUCCAGAUGUAUUUGAGAUGGAUCUCUGGGUGCGAUCUGGUCUUGCUGCAAAUUAUAAAGAGAACAUGUUUAUGUUGGAGAUUGAAAAGCACAAAUUUGGGCUGAAAGCAAUGUGGCGCUGCUCGGUCUUCAAGCAUAGAGCUCGCUCGUACAGUGAACUUCCUCUUCGCAUGGCUGAGUUUGGGGUCUUGUAUAGAAAUGAGGCUAGUGAUGAUUUUGAUGAUUUGAGUGGGUUGAAGCAUCAUAGGAUAUUUCAGAAGACCGGCUAUAGAAAUGAGAAGAGGCCAGAGAAUUCCUUAGGAGAAACAGCAACAUGGGAGAAAGCUGAAAGUGCCCUUAAGGAAGCUCUGGAUGAAUUUGGGAAGCCUUGGCAGAAUGGGCAAUCAGCAGUCCCUAUUCUGAAUGAAGGGGAUGGUGCAUUCUAUGGACCAAAGAUUGAUAUCAAAGUAUCUGAUGCAUUGAGUAGGAAAUUUCAGUGUGCAACUUUGCAGUUGGAAUACUUGGCUGAGGAUGAAGCUAAGAUUGAGAGGCCUGUCAUGAUACACAUGGCCAUUCUAGGAUCUGUUGAGCGCAUGUUUACCAUACUUUUAGAGCACUACAAGGGUAAAUGGCCCUUCUGGCUAAGUCCUCGUCAAGCAAUUGUUUGCCCUGUGUCGAAGAAAUCACAAGCUUAUGCAAAGAAGGUGAAAGAUGAAAUCUACAGCAAAGGGUUUCAUGUUGAUGCUGAUUUAAGAGAUAGGAAAAUUGGAAAGAAGGUGCGAGAGGCUCAGCUAGCACAGUACAACUACAUCUUGGUUGUUGGAGAGCAGGAAGCAGAAACUGGACAGGUGCUUCUUAUUUAUGCUUUGUGA